GCAGCCUAUCAGGGGUUGCCAGGGAAUGUCUGAUGCCAGAACCUGAACCGUAUCUGUUUUGGGAGAAGCGAUUUUGAUAACGGAACAAAACAACAACGAAAAUGUGAAGUUUUCCCACAGGCCAUUUUGUGAACUUUGUUAAAUUAAAACAAAACAAAAACAUGGUUGGAUUGGUAUAAAUGACAGGUGCUGACACCUGUCAGAAAGAAAAUUGAAAUUAAGUUAUAAAUACAUUUUAAUCCUGAGAUGCCAUGUGUGUUAGGAGCGCGUCUGCGGGCUGGAUGCACUGCCUUAUCUGUUGUUGGCUCAGUCUCUGAUGUCACUGGAUGAGCAGUGGGCUUCGAGUGCGCACCUUCGGACAGCAGCGCCACAGCCAGUGGGUUCUCUGCUCCUCCGCGCAUCUACCCCACCCCCCCAAAAUAAAACCUUUAGAAACCUUCUUAAAAUCAUUCCCUUCUCUCCAGAACUGGACGUCCUGUGAGACCGGGUGUCUUCGCUUUUCUGUGCAUAAAACCUGCGCAAGAAGACGGACAAACACGGUCAGACAUUCAGUGUCAUUCACUGACAUCUGUCUGAGUGGAGAGCACAGUUUCCGCCCAGCACCAGCAGCACUUCGGUCUGCCGGGCAGCUUUCAGCACCAUGGACAGCAACGUGUUCCAUAUCUAUAAAGAGGACCGCUGUCCCCAGGGUCAGCCGGAGGACUGCGUCCCUAACUUUACCUGGCCACCCGGGUUACCAGACGCCUUCAACUACACCCUGAACGGCACCUGGGACGUCGAGUCCGAGCCCAUGUCUCCCAUCAUCCCCAUCAUAGUGGCCGUGUACUCCGUGGUGUUUGUGGUGGGCUUAGUGGGCAACUGCCUGGUGAUGUAUGUCAUCAUUAGGUAUACUAAAAUGAAAACAGCGACCAACAUUUACAUCUUCAACCUGGCCGCGGCGGACGCCCUGGUGACGACCACCAUGCCGUUCCAGAGCACCGACUACCUGCUCAGCUCCUGGCCGUUUGGCGAGGUGGCCUGCAAAGUGUUCAUCUCCAUCGAUUAUUACAACAUGUUCACCAGUAUCUUCACCUUGACUAUGAUGAGUGUGGACCGUUACGUGGCCGUGUGCCACCCGGUCAAGGCCCUGGACAUCCGCACGCCGGUCAAGGCCAAGAUCAUCAACGUGAUCAUCUGGGUGCUGUCGUCCGCCGCUGGGAUCCCCGCCAUGAUACUGGGCAGCACCAAAACCAACAACGGGACUACAGAGUGCGCCCUACAGUUCCCAGAACCCUACAUGUACUGGGACACGCUGAUGAAAAUCUGCGUCUUCAUCUUUGCGUUCGUGAUACCUGUCAUCAUCAUCACUGUCUGCUACACGCUGAUGGUUCUGCGACUGAAGAGCGUGCGCCUCCUGUCCGGCUCUCGCGAGAAGGACCGCAACCUCAGGCGGAUCACGCGCCUGGUGCUUGUGGUCGUCGCCGUCUUCGUGGUGUGCUGGACGCCCAUCCACAUCUUCAUCCUGGUCAAGGCGCUGCACUCCAACGUGCCGGAGACCACGGCGGUCAUGGCGGCGUAUUUCUUCUGUGUGGCCUUGGGCUACACCAACAGCAGCCUCAACCCCAUUCUCUAUGCCUUUCUGGAUGAGAACUUCAAGAGGUGUUUCAGGGACUUCUGUUGCCCGGGUACUCGAGGACACGGAGACUGCCACGGGGUGAGUCGGGUCCGAAGCACCCUCAGGGACCACUCGUGUCCCCCAGACGGUCAGGGAGGGGCGAGGCGGGCCAGGCCCGUAUGACUAGCCGUGGAAAUGUCCUCUCUGCGCUACCAGGGCUGGGAGGACUCCAACGACCUGGGCUUGACUCAAAUCACCACUGCCAUUUAACAGCCCCAGAUAAACCUGGUAAUUAUUCAUACACGUCUGAUAAUUCAACAGCACUGACUGAAAAUAAGACGCGUGGUGUUUACUCAACAUCAUUAAGAACUAAUCCUAUUAUUAGACCAAAAUGAAUGGGCGGUGUGUGACGCUGUGCACUUCAUCCUGACCUUUUAUCUUAACAUCCACACUUAUCACCAAGUUUAAAAUCAUAAUACAGCCACCAUUAGAAUCAAUUGACCUUUAUAAUGAGAGGAUAAAAGCCACACGCUGGAGGAGUGGUCAGUGCUCUUGCCUUACAGCAAGAAGCUCACUGUUUGAUCCUCUGUGGUGCAGGAUUACAUGUGAGACUAGAUGGUUUUUAGGCUCUACGUGACCUUUGACCUUUGACACCCACCACGACCCUGAAAAGAAUUAAGCUGUAAAAGAUGACUGAAUAAGAAUGUAAAAAAACCUACGCAGCCUCCACGUUAUCGUUGGUUUUAAAGAUCAGAUCAGGUCAGAGGUCAGAGGUCAACCUCUGCAAAGAGCAGACAGACCACGGCCUAGUGUGCGGAGCAAGCACCAAUUUCCUUUCCUGCUCCACAGGCUGGCGGUUGAUGGGUCAAAGGCAGAAGACAAACGUGGCCGUGUUUAUUUGUGUCUGUGUUUGUACAACAACAAUAACAACAACAGUGAUGAUUCUGUAGCUGCGGCUCACGUCUCAAAUAAAAGACUAAAAACCCUCUCAGGGGUCGCCCUCUAAAAUCCACCACAGGAGCUGAGGGACGCUUGAUGCGACCUGAAUCGUCUGUUUCUGUCAACCUUUAAAGUUCCAUUUUACAGUUGUUUACAAGUGACGUUCCAGUUCCUUUGUCUGUGGUGAGUUUGAAGACGCCGUCGUUGACAUUUUAUAGUUUCUUUUAUUCUUGUCAACAAUGGGUUUUCACUGUAUUCUGUUGAUAAAUAACAAAAACAUUUUUCACAUAAAAAUAAAAUUCUGUUGCUCUUCAUUAUGUGUCGUAAUAAAAAAAAGUAAAGCCUAGUUAGGAUUAUUCCUACACUGCAGAAUAAACUGUAAAUAAAAACUCUAAUAAUGUAUGAUGGUUGUAGUAAACUUGUGUUUUCUGCCUUGUGUUUGUGCUUCUGGUCCUUCUUCUUUGGAGUAUAAAAGUAUAUCCUGCUUGCUGCUGGAGGUUAUUACUGCAUUCAGUGUUUCUGCUGGCCACUUGGCGGACUAUUUCACUGGGCUACCGUAUGCUUUUUAGUUCAGAAUUCAUUUAUUUGACUCUACAAAAGAAGAAGAAAAACAUUUUUUUCUCUGAUCUCGUCAUCAGGGGGCGCCACAGCAGUUGUGAUUUUCCUGAAUGGUAUUGUUUUUCUGCUUGUGUCUGACCCCGCUGUAUAUACUGGAUUAUAUGCUGUGUUGUACAUUUUCUAUUCGCUUUUCUCUUGAAUGUCAGGCCGCGCUGCCAACAUGUGAAACUCCAUCACAAUAAAGCUGUUGAAAAAUGGCGAGAAUCCUUGACUUUAAAGCAAGUGGUUUUUAGAAGAAGUGUUUUUCUCCUCGUUUGAUGUUGUGUAGGUCUGGAAAAAAAAAAACUCACGAUGAGACCUUUAGGUUCUGAUCUGCCUUCACAGUUAUGCUGGUUUUCCC